AUGACUGUAGAAUCGAAUUCAACACCAAUUGUUGACUGGCUUUCCUCGGUAAAGACGUCUUCUACUAAACGCUUAAGAAGAGCAGUUUUUCCUACGCCGGAAGAACCAAUGAUGAUGAACUUGAGCGAGGUCAAUGAACAAACUUUGGUUAUGGGCUAA